CAAAGGGUAGUCACAGAAACCCAUACACAAAAACAAAAACACCACAUCAGCCUUCCAUCACUAGAGAAAAAUAAAACAAACUGUUUUCUUUCUUUCUGUCCAUCCAAACAAACUGCCAUCUGUAUUCUGUCAUCAGCCCUUUACCUCCUCUUAUUUGUGUCCCAGAAUUUUCCUGAGAAAGAGUCCAAAAAUACUUCAUAUUAUGUUAAACUACUGCUAAAAGAGCUCCAUUUUUAGAGCCCCAUUUGCAAAAUUUCAUCAUCUCCUUUAGAGAACCAAGAAGAAAGAGAAAACAAAUGGCCAUUUGUACAGUGUACACAACACAAUCUUUGAACUCAACAUGCUCAAUCUAUACACCAACAACAACGAAAACCCAAUUGAGCUUUCACCAAAAGCAGCUGGUUUUGUUCAGCAGCAGCAAGAGAAGUGGCAGCAGGAGAGGUGGAAGUAACACGUGCGUUAUCACAUGCGCAGCCGGGGAUUCACAGACGAUUGUUAUCGGCUUGGCGGCGGAUUCCGGCUGUGGAAAGAGUACCUUCAUGAGGAGGUUAACUAGUGUUUUUGGUGGCGCAGCCGAGCCACCGAAGGGCGGCAAUCCUGACUCUAACACGCUCAUAAGUGACACCACCACUGUCAUUUGUUUAGACGAUUAUCAUUCUCUUGAUAGAACUGGAAGAAAAGAGAAGGGCGUCACGGCUCUUGACCCUCGAGCCAACAAUUUUGAUCUCAUGUAUGAGCAAGUUAAAGCUAUCAAGGAUGGCGUUCCGGUUGAAAAGCCUAUUUAUAAUCAUGUUACAGGUCUCUUGGAUCCUCCUGAGCUCAUCAAACCUCCAAAAAUUCUUGUCAUUGAAGGUUUGCAUCCAAUGUUUGAUCAACGUGUGAGAGACCUCUUGGACUUCAGUAUCUACUUGGACAUUAGCAAUGAGGUUAAAUUUGCAUGGAAAAUUCAGAGGGACAUGGCAGAGCGUGGACACAGUCUGGAGAGCAUCAAAGCUAGUAUUGAAGCGCGAAAGCCAGAUUUCGAUGCUUAUAUUGAUCCACAAAAGCAAUAUGCUGAUGCUGUGAUUGAAGUGCUACCGACUCAGCUGAUUCCGGGUGAUAAUGAAGGAAAGGUUUUGAGAGUUAAGUUGAUAAUGAAAGAAGGAGUAAAGUAUUUCAGCCCAGUUUAUCUGUUUGAUGAAGGUUCCACUAUCUCAUGGAUACCCUGUGGAAGGAAACUUACCUGCUCAUACCCUGGCAUCAAAUUCUUUUAUGGCCCCGAAAGUUAUUUCGGCCAUGAGGUUUCUGUUCUGGAGAUGGAUGGGCAAUUCGACAGAUUAGAUGAGCUCAUUUACGUCGAAAGCCAUCUAAGCAACAUAUCUACCAAGUUCUAUGGAGAAGUUACCCAACAAAUGUUGAAGCAUGCUGAUUUCCCUGGCAGUAACAAUGGAACAGGUCUCUUCCAAACCAUUGUUGGUUUGAAAAUAAGAGAUCUCUUUGAACAAAUCAUCGCCAGCAAGGCUGCGGCUCCAGUAGAAGCAACUAAAGCCUAAAACGGACUGCCUUGUAUAUGGAACAAGGCACCGAGGUUCUUUAAAUCAUCUCCUUCUUUUAGUUUUUUUCUCAAAUCCCUUCUUGUUUCGGUUGAGUGUUAGGCAAUUCCUCAUAAAACACUCCUAUGUAUUUAUUUGUUCCUGUUAUAAUCUGUGGAGACUUGUUAAUAUAAGAGAAGCAAAAGCAGAAAUCAAGUUCAUAGAAAUUUUAUA